AUGCAUAAAACUGACUCUGGUUUUUAUGUUAUUGACGUUUUGCCUCUCCAUCAUGCAAGCAAACACGAAGCUCAAAUUAAGAGAACAGCCAUACUUGAACAAAGACGUCUUAAGUUGGCUCGUCAAUUUUCACACGUUAAAGAUGUUCUCAUAAAACAACAUCAACGAGCCCUUCAUGACUCUUCAGCUAAACGGUACCAUAUUCAAGAAACUUUGAGAAUGGCUGAAAAAAAUAGAAAUACUAUUCUUCAACGUUUGGUAGAACAAUGUGCUCAAGAAGUCGCCAGGUGCAAAGAAGUUGCUCGUCAACAACAACUCAAGAAUCAAAAAGAUAUCGAUAGGCGUCGUGCUGAUAUGGAACGCCGUCAAUGUGCUACUGCUGCUCGUCGUGCUAGACUUCUCACCGUUCCAAAAUCACGUUUGCUCUCCAGUGAUUAUCCUAGUCCGCCCAUUCGUGAAGAAGCUGCAUCAGUAAUUCAAAAUGCUUGGCGUUAUCAUGAACUCAUCAAACUCGUUAAAGAUUAUCAUAACUUUGAUAUUUCACUUCAUACCGUUGAAAAUAUGUCUUUUCAAAACGCUGUGCAAUUAUUACAGAAAUCUGCUAUUAUUCAAAUCGCUAAUAAAUUUCUACAGAAGGUCAGCAAGACUUCUCAAAUGAUCAUGGAAACUGGUAAAUAUAAAAAUCCUGCAAGAAUUUUCUUAAGUGCUUACAUAAUUGUAUCACACACAAAAGAAAUCCUUGUUGAUAUUGGGUAUUAUGAAAAAGCUCUUUUUAAAUCAGCUAAAGCUAUGUUGAAUUCAUUAGAAACAUGGUUCGACUCUAUCAACAAUGACAAAUAUAAUAAAAUCCGUUGUUAUGGACUUAUUAAUAAUUUUCUUUCGGCUUGGCAUACUUACUACAGGGAUUUCAAUAUAUGGAAACCAAAAGAUUCCAAAAAACUGGCAAACAAUUUGAUUGCACACUAUACAGAAUUGGAAAAAUCACGUAACACAGGCAAGGUCAAUAUAAGCCAUCAACAAAAAGAGAUUAGAAGGAAGAUUAGGGAUUUAGGUGAUGAUGAAGUAACUGCUAAAUUGGAAAGAGCACUUGGGCGUUUAAAAAAAAAUUCCCAGAUUGAGACAGGUAGUGGUAGUGGUGAUAUUGAUACUUCUGAUUCUAUCAAUAGUAUGGCCACUGAUCAAGAAAGUGACGAACAAGAAGAUUGUGAUAAUAAUAAUUCAGGUGCUCCUCAAAGACAACCAUUUGUUCCACCUAAUAUGUAUGAUAAAGCAUCUAAAAAAUCACCUGCCUUGCGUAUUAUUCAAAGCUAUGGAGUGCCAAUCGAGGCAGCAGGAUUGGCAAAUGAACAACUUAUUCAUGAAAUCAUUAUUGAUCCUGGAUUUGAGUUGAAACCAUUGAAAUUGACUGGAUUGGAAGAAAGUAUUAAUCAAAUGGCUAAAAAAGCUUAUUUUGAUUCUAUAAAAGAAGAUUUUGAAAAGGGUAAAUUUAUUCAAUGGAUACCCAAUCUCUUAAACGACAUUAAAAAGAAACUUAUUGGAUUGAUGCCACCCAAUUCACCAAUGUAUGCUUCUGUGGAUGAAAUACUUGACAUUGAAUUGAUUACACAGCAAAGCAAAGCAGGUGUAUACAAUGUACGUGAUUGCAUUAUGUUUAUCACUGGCAUGAUGUUAAAAAUCUGUGCACCAGUUCGUGAUGAACAAAUUCAAUCGCUCCGAAAUAUGACUGAACUUUCAAAAAUCUUCCAAAAAGUGUUGGAAAUUCUGGACUUGAUGAGGCUAGAUCUUGCGAAUUAUCGUCUGAAAGCACUUAGACCUUAUCUGAAAGAACAUGCAGUUGAUUAUGAAAGACGUAUAUUUGAACAAGCUCUAAAAUCAAAUCGGUUUAGUCUUGAGCGAACAAAGGCUUGGCUACAACCAACCGUUGAUUCACUUCUUUGCACAGUCGCUGAGCCUAACCCUAAAAAUGAUUUGUUGCCAAAUCAACAUGAUCAUGGUAUUAAAUUUGCUCAAGUUUAUAAUGAAGCUCUAGUCUCGUAUAUUUUCCAGCAAGUAUUAAUUGACAAAAACAAUUGUCCUGAAACUUUCUUGUUGGAUUUGGAAAGACUUUGGAAUUUCCAGAAUGAAGGACAAGCAAUCACAAUUGCAGCAGCAUUGCUAAUGUUAACCAAGAACAUUGCUAAUGGUUCCUCUGCCAACUCAAUUAAUGGGGAGAAACUCGAGACAUUGAAGAAUAAUCUUUUUGUUUUGUUGAUGGAUCAUAGCACGAAAAUAGACAAUUUGACAACUGAAAUUUUAUCACAUUAUCCACCGACUAUUUCAUUUGAAACCCAAUCACUUAUCAAAUCCAUGGUUUCUAAAACUCUUUCCCAGUCAGAUAAAGUUUUCUCACUUCUUUCACGUAAAAUCCAAACUAUUAUUAAGCAACAUCUUCAAACAGGACAGUUUUCGAAAAAGGAAACUUUAGCCCAAUAUGGAAUUCUUCCAGUUGCUAAUGAAUUGGAACAGCUCAGUCGAAAGAUUUUCAUUCUGGCACUUUAUAAUCGAGAAAUUUAUGCUGUUUGGUAUGAUAAUCUUAUCAAAGAGCGAUUGAAUAAAGUUAGAAAAUCAAUUAAUUAA